CCCACAUCUCCGCAAUCCAGUGCACUUGCCCAUCAUUACUCCCAAUUUCGGCAGUCGCGAUGCAAUGAUCAUCACGAGUGGAUUGUGCACCAGAUCUCAAAGGUUGCGGGCUCCUUCGUCUCGACUUCUCUCGUCCACAUAGUUGGCUACCUCAACCGCCGCCUUCCUGAGAACAGCAGCCGCCCUACUCAUGGGACCUACAACCUCCUUCGCCUGAACGACGAAUCUCGAACAUGUCGACAUUCUAUCGUAAUCUCAACAGGGAGCAAAGUUAUCAUCGGGUCGUGUUCUUGGCUGCCGCUUGUGCUCUCGCCGGUCUUUGCAGUCUCUUCCCUAUUGGAUGUUUUCAGAAUUACAGCAGCAAGCGACGGCGCAAGUUGAGGCAGCGCGUCGCCAAUCUCGAGCGUCAUCAAGAAGAGGAGGAAGAUUGGCAUCGACGGCAUCGGCCGCGACCCGUUCGAGCACGUUCGCACUCUCCGCCACGUGUCGCCCGUGUACACCACCACUCGCGCCAUCAUCGUCGUCGUCCUCGCUCCUCCUUGACACCGCACGAGCGAUCCCAACGCGUCGCAAGACACCGCGAAGACGUCGUGGCUCGGGACGAGGUGGAACUUCAGCGGCACCGUCGCAGCUGCGUUCCACCAGAUCAUCACUCACUCGAUCGGGAACCUUCUCCUCUACGUCGUCCUCGUCGGGUAGCGUCAGAAACGCGAUACCGCCGAUACAGCUCCUAGCAAGACCUGCUGGCUCGAUUGUGGAUGAACCUCGUAUCAAGUCUCGUUCAACUAGUCUUACAGCUCACCGUCGUCUUCCAGAUAAUUUUCCAGCAACGCCGGACCAGUCACAAGUACCACGAUCGAGCAUCCCCUUCCGCCCGUCAUUUGACUUUUCACAAAGUCAAUCAAGUUCGAAUAAUCAUAGUUCAUCGGACUCACCUUUGCAGUCUGACGUGCAAUCGCAGUCGAGACUUGAUACGGCACGGUCGCAAACGAAUACCUCUGUCAGGGAAUACCAAUCCACCCAACUUGCCUGCGCAGCUGCCCAACUGCAGUCCUUACUUUCCAUCAAUCCUACAAUACCUGUACUCGAUAUUCUGCCCCCUGCGGUCGACUCCUUGAUUCGUCGCUCUUCUAUCGCUACAUCCUCUGUCACUUCGAAGAAAUCGAGGCCCAGCCAGAUCGAUCCUGCCGUUCAAAAUUAUUCUUCAACUCAAUUUGCAUCCGCCACCGCCCAGCUUCAGUCCUUACUGGCCGCUGGAUCGACCAUUCAAUUGCCUGUAAUUUCAAAUCCUAUUGUAGAUGCUAUCAUUCACCAGUCCUCCGCGUCUUCACAGGACGGCUCUGGAAAAUCACGACGGUCCCCAGAGACACCCGUCUCCUCAAGCACAAAAGCGUCCGAUGCCAGCAGCUUUGCUCAUACGCUCCUCAGACGUGUCAAGGACCGUCGACUUCUGCGAAAUUCCACUAAGCCACCGCUCCAUCAAUGUCGAAAGUCCGACAAAGUUGUGCAGAAUGUGAAGGUUGGCUCACCCGCUCCAGAGGCCGCGCCUGUCAUUGUGGAGAGUACAUCAGUGCAAGUCAAUCCAAAAGCCGAGCUUCACGUUCCCUCUCUGCCUCCCGGCUUCUCUUCUUUGAAUAUGCCUACGUAUCAUACCCCAUUUUCGGCCCGCAAAGCAUUGCUUAGAUAUCCAACCGCCGAAGAGCGGCUUAGAUCAAGGCCGGCAAUUUCCGCGCGGCGUUCGGCUUCCCGGUCGAGGCCCGAACACUCCUCGCGUCGCUCCGGCUCAACGACCAUUCGCGAGUCACCAGUCUCGGCUGAUAUCGACACAGUCAGGCCUGGUUUGUCACGUUUGCAGUUUUCCAAUCCGAUAUCGAAGCCUGUUAGAGCAAUUGCCGAAAAUGGCAGUCCGAUUACCCCAGGGAUCGGAAGGUCACACCGGACUUCGAUCACACGCUCACGUCACCUUGAACGACAACGCAUCAACCGCAACAGCACAUCUCCAACGGGUUCAGAUCCCACCUUCCAAAGUCGUUGGCUUAUUCGUCCAGGCGAGCGAUACAGCAACAAUAAUUCUUCAGAAGACCUCUAUGCUGAAGAAACACCCCUGAAAAGUGCUAGAUCCAGAAAGUUUGGUGUCGAAGCUACCUACAACUCUCCUGUUAUCCAUCAGGAAGAAACAAGGACGGUGACCCUCACUCGAGCUCCGCCACGACCCAUUCUGCCAAUUCGAGGCCAGAGUGGCAUGCGAAGUUUCUUUCGCAACACAGCUUUCAAUGUCAAAGUAUUUCGAACGUCUCCUAUCACACCCAACACAAAAUCUUCUACGGGACACACGCCUACGCCAGAGAUCACUAUUUCGCAUCAUGGUAGCGAAGACGGCAUACGGUCUAGUAACAUCUCAAACAUGACAAGCGUUCCUUUGCCGCCGUACUUCGCGCAUCGGGGAGGGCAUCAUCAUCAAGAAAGCACAAAUACAUCGUCGCCGUAUUCUCAAAUUUCCCCUGGAACUUUACUUAAGGAUAGCCCACCUCACGAUCGCAUGGACAUUCCGGACCAGAGUCGCUCGCCCUCUAGUCAACUAUCACCAUUCAGCUCACCACGACAUCGUCCUCGUACAAGGACAAGGAAUAGACAUCGGACAAGAUUGGAGACUUUUGCAGACGAAACUGAAUCUAUAGAAGCAGCUAUUGUGUCUGAAGGGCCGGAUUUGAAAGUUAGCGAUCCGGCCCUGGCAGUGCGAUUUGACUCUGUAACGGAUCUGGGUGAGACUCGGAUGCACAUCGACACGACCACGCGCCAGGAGGGCUCAAUUCGACGUCUGAAAGUAGACUUUACAACUCGACACUUGCCAGCAUUGCGCACACGGGUCAGCUCCGUGGUUGUAGCCCUACGAGCUCGAUCAUCUACGGGCACAAUACGGGUCCCUGGUGAUCCAUCGGGUCAAGACCAUCGGAACGUUUCGACAUUCUCAUCCUCGAAAGCGUCAUUUUCAGGGCUAUCGUUGAGGAAUAUACAGUCUUUUGAAAGUAUACGGCGACUGGGCUCAAGGCUUUUACAUGCCGGCUCAUAUGAUAGCCUUGUACGGCGGAAGUUUAAAUCGGCUUCCGUGUCUACGAGAAGAUCGGUCUCGGAGAUUCGCAACAGUAUCAUCGGAACAGAGGCCGUUUCAGCACGUCCUGCCAAGCAGCGCCCGAUCACUGCUGCAGACCUCAUCGUGACAUCAUUCCAUCAGACGCCGUUCGCACAACGAUAUUACGAUGCUCAACGGACAGAGCGACAACAUAUCGAACGACUCGUUGAGGAAGCCAUGCGCCUUCCGAGCGCAACGAUCGACAAAUCGACUGAAGAUGAAGCUGAUGAUGAAGAUGUCGACGGAAUCAUCCUCGGGUACGAACGCAACGUGCCUGAUCAUCUUCCACAAUCUCCGCUAUGUCCGCUCCACCCCAGGCAUCCCUCUGGCGGCAAAGCAAUCUGUCCACAGCAUGGCCAUUAUCGUAAACGGCGGCAUCCAGUUGAGCCGAAGAAAAAGUUGCCAUCGACAGCCCAAAGCGCAACACAGCUAUCUCGUCGUCAGUUUCUACAUAGUCCUAAAACUCGUCACUCGGCCGCUGAUCUUUCUCCAUCACCUUCCAACCAUCGAAGGACCAGCUAUUUUCGUCCAGGUGAUUUUUUGACCAACGACAUGCUCCCCCAGGGUCGCGCAUCUUUGGAGUAUUCUGAUGCGCCACGGCCACACCUUGAUGCCCUAGAGACCACCAACCAGAGUCCAAAGAUCACUCCAGCACAGAUCAUCGAAGCAUUACCAGGUACUGCGCAAGCGAUUCGUCCAGACUCGUCAUCGCGGCCGGCUCCCUCUCCGCCCAGAAAACUUGGCCAUCGUGUCGAAAUCGUCCUCGACUCUAGAGAUUCGCCACUUGACCAACACACGCUUCCUCCCUACCAAACACGAGAUCGAGCCUGGCUUCGCCGCUCCAGCAAUGCCCGUAUGAUAGUUUCUGCAACUCCCCCGCUCCGCACACGAACCACAUCGACGCCUGAUGUCUUGGGUCUAGAGAGCUUCAUGGCACAGAGGGUCCCACCGUCCGGUCAUGAGAAGCGCUUUGAUAGGUUUGGUGGUGAUGGUAUCGCGUUGGGCUGGGAUGAUUGGCCUUAUUGGUAGACUCCUGGGUAUUUGGACCUGAAGGACACGACUUCAUGCUUGCUUGACCUUUUGUGAACUUCCUUUUGGUGGGUGGGAAGCUCGCUAUUCUGAUGCUCGGUUGUGAG